UUCAUCGAGUUAAAAUGUUAAUUUGUUGUUUGUUUUCCUUAUCUUAAGCCAUGGUAACGAUACAAACGGUUGAUUUUUAGCCUCUACAACAUGGCCUGUUGUACUGCAGCCCAAAACGAAAACGACGACGUCUAGCCUGAAUACGGACUCCAGACAAGGCUUUCUUCUGCUCCUCCAUUGGACGGAGCCAUGCCAACAUGAAUCAGCCGUACAAAGUGGGCGCCAGGGAUGGCUCAGAGCGCCACCGGGGCCUGCAGGAUUGCGACAGCCGUGGUGUCACUUCCUGCGGGCUUCAGCAUGGGACAAAGCAACCACCGUCAUUUCCCUACACCCAAAGGGAAUCGUCGUCCAGCUACAGUCCACUCCGUAGGCUCCAGGACCUGACAGCUAUGGUGAGUAGGCCGGACAUGAGCCUGCAGGACAAGGACUUUCACAGCCGAAGUAAAGCACAUACGCACCACAAGCACAGCUCAGAGUUCAGCCCCGGCCUUGUCCACUCACCCCAUUCCUACAGCGAUGGAGCAUACAAAAAUGCUCAGAAUGCAGACAAGAACGGCUUCUCCCCCAUCAGCUCGGACAGCCUAGAGCACUUCUCUCCCAUCCCCAACGGAUUUCUGCAUUUUGAAUCAAGCCUCUUUGACAGUGGAGACAGUAAGGAUGAUCACCAUGAGGACCACGAUGAUGUGGAAAGUGUGGAGUCGUUUAAACCUUCAACCAAACCCUUGACCAGAAAACGCCGGAAAAAGGAUUCAAAAAACCCACAGAGCUCCUGCCGUCCAGGGUCGGAUCUGAGCUUGAAUAGACAUAGACGCUUUAACCCACUUUCUAAAAGUUCACCACAGCCAGAUCACUCAGUCAGCCCGGCACAGCUACCUGUCGAGGUCACGCCGCAAGAUUUUGACAGUAUAGACGACUAUUCGGAUAGCGAUUGUGAUCUGCCGAGCACUGAAAACUGUGCCUCAUUGUUUAACGCCAGCCUGUCUCAAAGACCAAGCUCACCUAGCAGCACCUACUCAAAUCCUUCAGAAAGCCCAAAGAAGAAGCCUUUGCCCGGAGUGAAGUUUACUGUGGGUGAUGUUGUGUGGGCCAAGUUUAACCGGAGACCUUGGUGGCCCUGCCGUGUUUCCAUCGACCCUGUGACUGAGAGCCACACCAGAAUGAAAGAUUUCUCACUACGUUCAUUUUGUGUGACCUCACCCUCAGAGCCCAGUCGCAGGCCGUGCCGGAUGUAUUUCGUCAGGACGUUCGGAGAAAUUGUAGACCAAGCUUGGGUUGCCGGAAAAGCCACGUUUGCUUUUGAAGGAGGCGACCAGUUUGACAUGCUCCCUGUGCUCCGGCGACGAGGCAGACAGAGAGAGAAGGGUUACAAAUACACGGUUCCGAAGCGUUUGAUGCCUCUGUGGAAAGCCAGUGUGCUGGAGGCUGAGUCGGCUUUGCCAGAUUUCCUCAGGAGUAAAGAGCAAUCUGCCCCCGUCAAAGAAGUGCUCACACUUGUAAUGGAGGACGAGACACCAAACACGCCUACUUGUUCUUCCAACCUUCCCCUGUCCUCGCAGAGCCCUAUUUUUUUCAAUGGACUAGACCUUCCAGUCACCAGUUUGUCCAAAACCAAGGAGGGAAGCAGGGAAAAAACAUCCUCUAAAAAGAAAAACAGCUCAAAGUCAGAAAGCCCUACUGAAAUUAAAGACAGUUUGUUUUCCAAGCUGGUGUCAAAACCCUUAGAGGACAUUUCAGAACCUCCUGCAUUGCCUGUAGAGGAUUUAGCAUCUAAUGGCCGAGAUUGUCCUUACUUGGACAUAGUAUCCUUGGGACUGAAUCAAUGUCCCAAACGCUCAGAUGAACAACCUGAAGAAGGGUUGAAGAAAGAGCCGAAGGCGGAACUCAAUAGUAAAAGAACGAAAAAAGUAUGCAAGACCGAUAAAAGAGCAACAGCAUCUUCAAAACGUACGCUAAACAACAAGACUAGGCUUAAAGACAAACCCUCUACUGUUUUAAAUGGCAGGAGUUUAAGUAGCACUUCCCCUGGAUUGUCAGACGGCACGUUUGAGAUGCACUCUUUCUACUUGCCUGCAAGUUGCGGCCUCAUGUCUCGGGCUCUUGCAAAUGGAGAGGAUGCUAAAAACAAGGAUUAUCUCGAUUCCAGCCACGAAUCCCAGUUUUCUUCUCCACCUCUUUCUGACGAACAUAAUUCCUUCUUGCCCACCAUGGACUCCGAAAGCACAGAGCACAGAUGGCAGGUGAAAACAGAAGCCGUGACGAAUUCUUCUGACCCGACAUGCCAACGUUCCAUCGGCUCCCCAAACCCCACUUUGCUCAAGCUAACCAGAAUCCGAACCAGCAAGGAGCAUGCUCAGAAUGGCCACCAGUUCAAAAGUAAGGAUUCUGAUCAAGUGCUUGUUAAGAAAGAUGCAAUCUUUUCCUGUUCCUCGUCUUCCUCUGCUUCCUCUCUGUCAGCUUCACCCAAGGAGGCCAAAGAGCUCUCUGUCCGCUCUAUGGUAAAUGAGGAGUGUGACUCAGACGACUAUAACUCUAAGUACAAGUUUAGCUCCUUCCUAAUGCUGCUAAAAGACUUGCACGACACCCGGGAGAAGCAGGGACGGCCUUUGACGCUGCCUCUCAUCUCGCCAUCUGCCCUCAUUCAUGAGGAGCCCUCGCUUCUUCCCACACAGUCCCUCCACGACUCUCAUGAUCUGAUUCACAAAAACGACCAGGCGACUCUAAUGGUUCCAAAUGGACUGCAGGUGAAAAGCUCAAAAAACCUGAAACCAAACAAAUCCAAAGCUAAGUCCACAGCAAAAAAAGAGGCGGCGAAACAUGACAGCGGCAAGAGUUUGCUCCCUCACGUCUCUGACCUCACGGCAACUCAGAACUCAAAAGUGUCUGAGGUGAAAAUGGCUCCUGCAGAGAACCACUCAAACUGUCGCCUAGAUUCUGGCCUUGAUGUUUGCAGAAAGAGUGUCAUAUCAGCGGUGGCACCAAAGAAGCGCUGGCAGACAUUUGACGCCGAUAUUAAGGACGAGGCAAAGCCUAAGACCGAUCAAAGUGUCGUGGUGGAGCAGCAAAGUGAAACGCCAACUUUCAAGCUGAAUGGAGUGUUAGAGGAGAGCGACAGAAGCCCUGAGUCCAGUGCUUCAGAGAGGAAAGAAGGAUCCGGGAACAAAAGGCUCCGGAAGCCAAGUAAGAGGUUGCUUGAAUGUGUUGAGGAGUAUGAGCAGAUCUUUACUUCACAGAAGAAAACCAAGAAAAUGUCCGAGUUCUCCAAAACAGUAUCUUGCGUUGAUAACACUAAUGAUGACCAGCAGGACAUCCAGCCAACAGCAGCUGACUGUGUGAGCUCUGAAGCAGCUCAGCCACUGAAGGCUUUGAUAACAGAACCCUUACAGCCAGAACAGCAGCCAGCUCCUGACGAACCUCAUAACCAUCUUCCCUCACCGCCAUUGUCAACACCUCAUGAAGCCUUGACUGACGAGGCAGAAAUGCUUGAAAAGAAACCUGUAUUUAUAGACAAAAGAAGACCAAGAAAGCCGAUAGACAAAGCGCUUGAGUGUGCAGCUGUGGUUGAACCUCUCAAAACCCCAAAGAAGAAGGACUCUAUGAAACAGAGUCAACAGUCAGAGGAAGCCGUGAUCGACAAUUUAGAGAAAAUGGAAGUGCCUGAAACCACUUUGUCUAGCCCACCUUCCACAUCAGGUCCAACGCUCAGACUGGGUGAUGCACCGACCCCCUUAAAGCAGCCUCUAACACCCAGAGUCCUCAAGAGCCGUGCGGUACGUGAGAACUGCAGCCCAGCUGAGCCCAAAUCAGAGAAGCGGAAAUCAUGUGACGAACUAGGACCCUCGGACACAGAGGUGUUUGACCCCGGACUGAAUGAGAGUGUUAACCAGGAAAAAGAGUCCUUAUCUGCUGAAUCAGGUUUAACUAGCAGCAAAAAGUUUGCAGACAAAGGAGGAUGCGCCUCACUGAAGGAGAACGUGUGUCAGGUAUGUGAGACUACAGGCGAGUUGCUGCUUUGUGAGGGACAGUGCUGUGGAGCCUUUCACCUACAAUGCAUCGGCCUCAGCGAAACACCAAAAGGACGCUUUAUUUGCAAGGAGUGCACUACAGGUGUGCACACGUGUUUUGUGUGUAAGGUGUCGGGCAAGGAUGUCCGCCGCUGCAUGGUUCCAAUAUGUGGCAACUUUUACCACAUGGAGUGCAUAACAAAAUACAGCCCAACAGUACUGCAGCAAAAGGGCUUCCGCUGCUCUCUCCAUGCCUGUCUGUCCUGCUUUAUCACCAACCCCGCCAACCCCAACGUUUCCAAAGGUCGACUCACCCGCUGUGUGCGCUGUCCAGUGGCUUACCAUGCUAACGACUACUGUAUGGCAGCUGGCAGCGUCACACUGGCUAACAACAGCUUUCUGUGUCCCAACCACUUCACCCCCCGCAAAGGCUGCAAGAACCACGAGCACAUAAACGUCAGCUGGUGCUUCGUCUGCUCAGAAGGGGGCAGUCUGCUAUGCUGCGAAUCCUGUCCUGCUUCCUUUCAUCGUGAGUGUCUGAACAUCGAGAUGCCCAAAGAGAGCUGGUACUGCAAUGACUGUCGUGCAGGCAAGAAACCCCUCUGUAAGGACAUACUGUGGGUAAAAGUGGGCCGCUUCAGGUGGUGGCCAGCUGAGGUUACCCAGCCCAAAAACGUACCUGAGAACAUCUCUCGCAUGAGGCACGAGGUAGGCGAGUUCCCGGUUCAUUUCUUCGGCUCUAAAGACUACGUGUGGACAUACCAGGCCCGCUGCUUUCCCUACAUGGAGGCUGACGCCCAGAACAUUGAGAAAAUGGGCAAAGGCACAGAUGCCGUCUACAAGAAAGCUCUAAGUGAGGCUGCUGAGCGCUUUCGAGAGCUGCAGGCAGAGAAGGAGAUGAGGCAACUACAGGAGGACCGAAAGAACGACAAGAAGCCCCCUCCAUACAAACAUAUAAAGGUGAACCGGCCAGUAGGAAAAGUUCAGAUUAUAACAGCAGACCUGUCCGAGAUCCCUCGCUGUAACUGCAAGGUCACGGACGAGAGCCCGUGCGGCGUAGACUCGGAGUGUAUCAACCGCAUGCUGAUGUACGAGUGCCACCCACAGGUGUGUGCUGCAGGAGAAAAGUGCCAGAACCAGAGCUUCAUUAAACGGCAGUACACACCGGUCGAAAUCUUCAGAACCCUGACGCGUGGCUGGGGGCUUCGCGGCAUCACCGAUAUUAAGAAGGGUGCCUUUGUGAGUGAGUAUGUAGGCGAGGUGAUCGAUGAGGAGGAGUGUCGUGCCAGGAUCAGACAUGCUCAGAAUAAUGAUAUCAGCAACUUCUACAUGCUCACGUUGGACAAGGACCGCGUCAUAGAUGCAGGACCGAAGGGGAACGAGGCACGUUUUAUGAACCACUGCUGUCAGCCCAACUGUGAGACUCAGAAAUGGACGGUGAACGGAGACACUCGAGUGGGGCUCUUUGCUCUCAUAGAUAUUCCAGCAGGUGUGGAGCUCACCUUUAACUAUAACCUGGAGUGUGUGGGUAGCGGCAAGACUGUGUGUAAAUGUGGGGCACCGAAUUGCAGCGGUUUCCUGGGUGUCCGACCAAAGAACCAGCCACCUUCAGAGGACAAGGCCCGCAAGGGAAGGAAGAAAGGUUCCGUAAAGAAAAAGAACCAGCUGCCGACGGUGAAGGAACGAGAGGAUGAGUGUUUCUACUGUGGAGACAACGGGCAGAUCAUCACCUGUAAGAAACCCGGCUGUCCUAAGGUUUACCACGCUGACUGCCUUAACCUGCGCAAAAGACCUGCAGGUCGCUGGGAGUGCCCAUGGCACCAGUGUAACGAGUGUGGCAAGGAGGCAGCGUCCUUCUGCGAGAUGUGCCCGAGCUCGUACUGCAAGCAGCACCGCGACAGCAUGCUCUUCAUCUCCAAGCUGGACGGCAAGCUCUGCUGCAGUGAGCACGACCCCUGUGGCCCAGACCCUCUGGAACCUGGAGAGAUCCGUGAGUACACAGCGGCGGGACUGACCCUGUCCGCCGCUCAGCUCUACAUCCCCCCCACCCCGGGCCAGGCGCGUUUCAGCCGGCAGCGAGAGACGUUCGAGGACGGGGUCGUGGAGGAUGCAGAAAUGCAGACGAAAGAGGAAGACCCGUGUGAAUUAGAGGACGGAGAAGUGGUGGAGGGGCUGGUCGAGGACGGCGAGGAACUAGAAUUCAUAGACGACGAAGACGAGCUGGACAGUGAGCUGGACUACGGAGAACUGGGGUGCGAGGAAGAGGAGAACGGGGAUGGGGUUGAUGAUGAGUGGAGUGACGAAUGUGUGGACGAAGACUAUGGUGAGGAUUUAGAAGAAGUGGACAUGGAGGAGUCGGACUCCUUUAGGGGGAAGUGAGCACCUCGUGUCCAUUCAUCUCUUCGUGCAUUCAUCACGCGCUCGCUCACUCGGCCAGUAGAGGGCUCUUCAGAGCAGUGAGGAGCAGGAACAGUGGCAGAUGCUGAUUUCCAGUCAGUUUCACUUUGUAGCUCGUAGUGACACAGGCCUGCAACUAAAUCUGAUUUCAGAUCAGCAGCAAUGGGGAUCAAGGGCCCUAGAGAUCAGCUGGUUGGUGGUCAGUGGAAUGCAAAGACUCCGACACAGACAAACACGGCUACAAAGAUGUUCUGAAUCGAAGUCACCGAACCUGUUUGGAUAAUAAAGGCUGGUUUUUAUAUGCUUACAAAUCCACUAUGAAAUUAUAAUCAGAAUUGUACCACGAGUGGUUUAUUCUGCAGUUAUUGUAGUGUUGUUGAACAUUACGGUUAUUACUGUAACAUGUAGUCUUUAGCCUUUCAUUCAUUUUAUUCUAAUGCCCACUGGAUGCAAUAUGGAACAUUAUACUCCCAUUUUUUUAAUAUUUCACAGCAACCAUCUAUUGUUACACGCUUCUCUCGUCACCUGUGUAUAUCCUUCUGAAACACCAUGUUAGCUUUUCUUUAGUCUCUUUAUAUUUAUGUACACUGUAGAAUCUGUUCUCACUGAUUUUUUUUGUUGUUGUAUGUGAGUGUAUGUAAAUGUUUGUAUGGUAUGUUAGUUGCCAAAAUCCCAGUGUGCUUUGGUGCUGCGAAGAACAUGAAAUGCCCUGGUUUGCUCUGGGUAAAUUGGGGCAAAGUUGUUGCUGCCUUGUUAGAAGCCUCUUGAAAUGUACUGUACUUUUUGAUGUAUAUUAAAAUAUUAUAAAGUUUUACAGUAGA